AUGUUUAUGUUUCAGCUGAGUGGAUGGCGAUGAAUGCCUGCAUGAUCUCAUUCCAGUUCAUGCACUUGGAGUGAACGCACAACCUUUCUCUGUUUUCACUUCAGCGAAGAACUUUUGUAGAAUUUCACUGUAUUCACAGAUCCACUAUAAAUUAAUUUUUCUUUUCUCACACCAUUUCUCGAACUUUUUUACUCCUCACUCUUGCUCUCUUGUUGUUUUUUGUCUGAGCUUUUUGCUCAAUUUCAUCCAGUUGCUCAUUGUUUAAGUCCAAAUUUUGACCAGAAAAAAGCUGAAAAUUUGGGACUUUUCCAUUUUAAAAUAGCAUCUCCAAACGUCAAACGUUCACCACAAAACUACAAAGUGAGCAAGUGCAAAUUCAUCCACAAAAAUUUGCGCCAACUCUGGCACUGAAAUGGUAUCCUCAGGAUCUCAUUGGCCAUGCAAAGUUGUUUGACAUCUAGUCUACAGCCAAUCAAAAUCAGGGCAGCAAAUGCAUUUUCAGCCUGCCCAUUGCCCAUUUGGCCCACAAAAAGGCAUGUUUUACAGAGAGCACUUUGUCAUUUGGCAGCGUUUUGAUAACAAUGAUGAAUAAUUUUCCUUUUGUGACAGUCAACACUGUUUCACAUACAGCAUACAUGUAGCAGCCCAAUCAAAAUGUUGAACUAUACAGUGUUAAGAAGCAAAUAUGAUGAAACCAAAGUAUACAUAACAGGUGGCAUGGCAAUGCAAGGCCUUAACUAAUAAACCUUAGUAUUGAAUAAGAGCCAGUAUUCCACGAGAAGCAGCAAAAUUGCAGACUGCUUCCUCACUCUGACCAGGGUCUAAAAGAGAUUUAUCGCGAUCCAUGAUUUGACCAAAAUACAGUGUGGGAUUCUGGAAAACAAUGGAUAAUUAUCUUAACCGGAAACAGGAUUUCCUGGUCACCUGGGAAGCCAGAUUUGCCAAAAUUUGGGCUUGGGAUAGGGGAUUUUUUAACCAUAUGUCGCGAAUUUGGGAAAUCCUAUGUUUGAGCAGCAAUUAUGAAAUAACCACGCGAGCAUUAAGUGGUAUCUCCUCUAAAACCAGGAGCUGCAUGAUUACCUGUUCAAACCAAACUAUAGAGACAGUGUGCCUCGUUGUAUUUUUUUUGGAAAGAAAAAAGGAAUUCAGGAAAGAGAUGUCCAAAAUUGCGGGAUGCGGGAUUUUCAUGAAAAAGGAGUGGGAAUUAUAAUUAUCAUAUUUAACUCACAAUAUCUCUCUGUUUCUGAUUUGCUCAGGCCCCUGGCUUAUUCCUCAGAGCUAACUACACAGUAAAGGCUAUCACCAGAAAAAAGGGAUCAGGCAAGCGAGAAUCCCUGGGGACGAGAUUGCAUAUUAAGCUCACUUGUAAAUAGCCAAAUUUUAGCCUAAAACAUAGCAACACAGCAAAAAAUGCUAAAUAAACAGAUGGCAACUGCUAUCUGGAGAAUAUGUUAGCUUUUAAACAUCUCUUUGUAUGUCCAUAAUUUCUCAUGGAACAGACAAAUGAAGACAGAAAUUUAACAUCAAUCAAGUUAAGCUUGUUUUAAAGCAAGAACUACGUGUAUUUUGCAUAAACAUACAUAAUGGGUUCAGCUUUUUUAUGAUCUGAACAAUAAUAUGCAGAUCUUGGAUAGUCUCAUUCAUUAUAACGGUACAUGACACCCUCCUAGAUCUGAGUGAUUCUUCAGAUUGUAUGAAAACCUCAUCCCCUAAUUAGGUAGCAGGGAUUGGGAAGGCCGUGGGCCAUGUGCAUGGCCCAUAUUAAAGUUAGAAAAUGUUGCACUAUAAAACUGCUAGCCACCCUAAAGUCGCGUAAUGAGCACUUUAGUUAUAAGCUCCUUAAUCUGUAUUAAUUUGGUGUUACGUGUACAACAAAUAAAAACAUGAACCUAACCCUUUGUUUCUUUGAUCAGUGAUCUAAAGUUUGCAAAUGCACUCAGUUCUGUCAAGACAGACGUGCUUUGAGUUGAUAUUUGCUUCUAGCUGUCUUUGUCUUUCUUGCCAAAACAAAUUCAUUUAACAUUUUAAUAAAAAAUUUUAUUAUUGAGAUAAUGCCUCCAAAGAGACUCCCUUUUUUAGCACGAAUAUGACAGCCAAGUUCAAGAUCAACUGCGAAAAUGAAAACAAGAACAACGAUAUAAAAACACUUUCCAGGCCUGCAAGUAACGAAUACAGAAAAUUCCAACCGCGCAAAGUGGCUCAUGUUUGAAAGGGAUGCCAUGUUUUGCAAAACAUUGAAAACAAGUAGUAUAGCAAAGAAGUAUCAGCUUCAAAGUUACAGUAAGUUGGAUUGGAGUCACUUACUCAGUUUAGUUUAGACUUAGCAAUUAUCAUGCUUAAUUCUUAUUCUUAAUAAUAGACUUAGCUUGUGCUAGCUACGCAACUUUCUGUGUAUCAAAAUAAUAUAGUGACUGCUAAAAGGGUCAAAUUGAUUGCUCUUUAUAUCCUGAGUUACAUGUAAGUUGAAUGGAUGCACUGAUUGAUUCAGUACAUUUUGUAAAACCUGAAUAAACAUAAUUAAAAACUGAAAAAUACUUGGUACCUAAUCACAAUAAAAUACUGAACACACUAUUUUACCAGUAAUGACAUCUGGUUGUGAGACAUGGGCACUUAACAACGCUAUGAUGGAUAAGCUUGCAGUCAACCAGCGUAAGGUGGAACGCAUAAUACUAGGCAUUACCCUUUAGGAUCAAAAGCAAAACACCUGGAUCUGUCAAGAAACUGGUGUAAGCGAUAUCAUCAACACUAUCAGAGAAGCAAAGCGUAGAUGUGCAGGUCACAUUGCCUGGCUAUUUGAUAAUCAUUGGACCAUCAGAGCAACAGACUGUGGACCCAAGAGAUUGGACCAGAAAACCGGGUCAUCCAAAAACAAGAUGGAGAGACAAUCUCAUCAGACAGCAGAUCGGACCCUUACGGCUAAGAUUAGCCAAGCGCAGACACCUGUGGGAUCGAUCCAGGGAGGGGUUGAGUGAAUGCAAACCCUGAUGUUCAUGAUGAUGAUGAUCGACACACUUUUAUAUCUUCAAUUGCACAUAUAAUUUCAUUUCCUGUGACAUGGUGUUUUGCAGGCGGUCAGUGGUUAAACUUGCAUGACGGCGCAUGUUUUUUAAUAAAUAUUAUUAGACAAACAAACAUGGCAGCGAAAAAAGCAAUGUUACAGAGAAGGCGAUUUCUCAAAAUCUACUCAUUAAUUAAAAAAUUGGUGGUACUUGGCGGAAUUUUUACUUUUAUCGUAUUUUAAAUAAUGAGAACUUUAAAAUGGAAUUUGAACAGAUGAUUUUUGGGAAACGUUUAAUAUUACAGUACAAUUAUAUUUAUUUAUCAAUUACCUAAAAACCCGUCCGUUAAAAUUUGGUCAAAUAAGUGUCAAAUGGUAAUGAUUAAUAUUAUAGUAAGCUGUGUACAAGUUUAUAGGAAAAUCUAAUGAGUGAAUUUUAUGUAAACUGAGCAAAAGUGAAACUUUCAGGUUGUAUUCAAUUGUUCAUGUUGUCAUGGAAACAACGAAAAUGUCAAAUUUUACCCGUCAGUCACAGCUUGUGAGCUGCAACCCUUCUCUUGCCAUGAUUUGGCAAAUGACAUAUAUUCACAAACUGCUAAAACUGUGUUCAGCCACCUUAAUGGCCCAUAACUUUUCAAAGUCAGGGACAUGUAGGCCCAUUGUCUAUUUCUGACACAGGUGGAUGAAGAUGCCGCGAGUAAAACCCUACAAGAUUUGUAUAGUAGUAAGACAAAAGUCAUAUUUAGUAGAAAUGUUUGUAAUUAAUUAGACUACGAGUACUCCCCCAUUUUCCCUCAGGGAUAGUAGAGCGAGCAAAAUACAUGCAUGCGUAAAAAUCACCCCCUGUGAGAAAGGCGACACACGACAGAGAGAGAGAAAAAAGAGGGACUACAGGCAAAGCCCAGGCUUUUGACUUUAAGCGCUGCUCUCACAAUGCUCUUCCAUGACGCACCAGCCACUAUCAACACUUGAUGUUUACUGAUGACAAUAGCAUUGACAGCUCAAUGAGAGAAGGAAUCCCAUUUUGUUACACUUAAUUGAUUUGAAAGGCAAUACAAACUUCACACACCAAAAUCAGUUGGCCAUGAAGGGUCAAAAGCUUGGACUUUGUCUGUAGUCCCUCAUUUUUCUCUCUGCCCCGGCGCAUCUUGCCUUUCUCACAUGGGAUAAUUUUCAUGGGUGCUCGCGUUUCACUUGCUCUACUAUCAGGUACCAUCCCUGAGGGAAAAUGAGGUACUACUCGUAGUCUGGUAAUUAAUUCAAACUAUGUCACAGCUCAAAACAUCCUUACUUAAAAGUUCACUGACUCCCUCCAAAACAGUUGGCAGGUCCUAAUCAGUUAUGGGUAUGAACAAAUGUUUUUCUUACACGUAUUCUUCAAAAAGCAGUUGCCAUUCUUUACGAUUUUUGUAUAUUGCUGCUAUCUUCCUGACGCAUUUUAUAUAAUUAAGCAAUUUGUAUUCACACAAACAAUUACAAACAAUCAGUUUUACAGCGGGGGGUAGCACCCGCAUUUUCGUAUGGCGCCCUCUUUCUGUAUCUAAUACAGCGGUUGGAGAUUCUAUGAGGACAUUUUUGUCAUUUUUAUCAAGUCUUUGGAAUACUUUUGGUGGCCAAAUAAAUAAAUACAUUCAAAUUAUUGGCUCACUAUAUUGCCUAUGUUCAAAAAUUCGAGGGUUUGCCCCUCAACGAGACUUCUAAGUAGGGCAGAGAAUUUAAAAAAGUUGCCAUUGUAGGUAUUAAAGACGUAUAGAAUGCAACUUUACCUUUAACAGUGAAUUCUCGUAUUUAAUUCCUAGCAGUGACUUCUGAUCGAUCUCGAUUUCUACCCUGUCCAGCACAAUUAAAUCGACCAAUGCGGCACAUACAGCACCUGCUCGUAGCUCCAUUGCGCCUUCCACUUCACCAUCCUUGGACUCUUGCCAAAGCAAAGCGUAUGCUUGUGUAAGAUUCAGUUGUCUUCGCUUGGUCUCCCCCUUAACCUCAUCCUUGUUGAAGUGAAUGGAGUUCACAAACGUGACUACUGCCUCGGUGAGUUUAUCGCAAAUUUGAUACAUAUAACCAGCACCAGCUGCUCCCGCACCGUAAGCCAUUUUGCUUAAAGAGAAUCACGCCCUCUCUGGGGCCUCUCUGCUAGGUACGAUAUUACAAUUCAUCUGACACACGCUCGCAGUCUGAUUGUUUUCUUUGUGUAUGCAAAUUAGGUGUGGACUCUGGUGUAUUAAAAUUUCAAUAUGACUUGUUUGCGAGAGCAAACACAAUAUUGUCCGUACUUAGCGAAGCCUAGCGUCUACAGCAACUCCGGCGGCCAUUAUUCUGAUCAGAGAAAAAGCGAGAUCUUGGGAACCGGUCUUAGUGCGCAUGCUUCAGUGAAUUUCGUGAAUUUUGUGAAAAUGUAAGUGAAAAUGACAGCCCUCGAGAGAGCCUAAACUUUAUUCUUUCAGUUGUGCACACGAUCAUCGGUUUCCACUUCACUUCACUUCACUUCACUUAUUUAUCAGGCGCGUAGGAGGGGGGUCGAGGGGUUCGAACGAACCCCCUUUGCAGGUCAAUUUGUCAAUUUAUUUGAAGGCCUCAACCUGGAGAUGAUGAAAUUGCAAAAGUUUGCUUUACGAAACGGAAUAGUCCUGUUGUUGUAUUGUGAGUUGGUAAGCAUUCCCUUCGAUAUUUAGGUCCCAUUUUAUGGAGUAAGCUGGACAAAAAUGAUAAAACGUGUAAAUCAUUAAGUGAUUUUAGAAACCGAAUGCGAAUAAGGAUCUGACAUCUCUUAUUGAUGAUGGAUGCAAAGGAUGUCUUCCGUGUGAUAGUUGAUGUCUCAUCGGAAAAAAUUUUAGUACUGAGCUUUAGCAUUUUAGCUAACAAUUUGUAACAUAUUGUAUGGAUUUUUUUAUCUACUUAAUUAUUGUAUCUAUUAUAUUUUAACUGUAGGUGUCCCCUAUUAGUAGAGGGCCUGCCCCUCGGCUAGUUUUUCUUUCUUGACACAUAAAUAAAGUUUCUAUCUAUCUAUCUAUAAGCUUUAUAAGUAAGUAGCAAUGUUGUGGCCCCAGUAUAUCCUAGUGACCUAGUAUUAUAUGUAGUCAAAACAAUCCCACCAUUGAAGAUGUUUCCUUAGCUGUUUAUGAGAAUUCGGAUUGA